AUGGCCAUAACUAAGAGGAUGACCAGAGUUACCAAUUCGGACGACUCCUCCUUCUAUAUUCCCAUGAGUGAACUCUCGGACCGGUCGCCUGGUGCCCCAAGCACUCUAAGUGAUUCAAUCUUGGGAAAAUCUAAGGAGGUUCAGGCGGCCACUCCUAUCCUUGUUGAUAUGUCUGGACAGGAGCCUGCACAGUCCGAGAGUUCAAGUGACUCUGAAUCCAGCUCCUCUAGUCGGCAUUCUCUUGAUUCAGAGGAGAGACACUCUCGGCUACAUAUAGCGAGAGAGUCUCAUGCUGCUGAGAAGGGUGACGACUGGGCAGAACCGUCCACCUCUCAGAGGGAGUUAUUCAAUAAAGCCAUGGAGAAGAUUACCGCCUCCAAGAAAGCAGCCGCCCUUCUGCGCGCUGCUAUUCUUGGCCAGAAGCGGCCUUCUACUGACUUGCCUUCAAAGGAGGCGUCUAAGGCUAUGCUCCGAGUGUAUGGUCUCCGCAGACCUAUCCAUGAAAAGACCAAGGAGGUCAAGAAUCAGUUAGAGGCGGCCAAGAAGAAGAACCUGGAGUUGGAGAAGGCUGUCAAGGACCUCCAAGCCCAAUUGCAGCCGCUGAAGCAUGCAAAUCAUGCGGCCGAAGAACUACGCAAAUCGAACAAGAAGCUCAAAGAGCGCCUGGCAAACCAGGAGGCGGCCCUGACCCAGCAACUCAGCGUUAAGGCUGAGUCCGAGAAAAUGGCCCUGGCCCAGGAUAUGAUGGAGGACUCUGCUGCCAUUAUGAAGAUGACCUGGGCAGCCCUCUUCCCAGACUCGGACUAUGAGCAAUGGGAAUCCAAAUUCGCCGCCUACACUGGUGAAUAUAAUAUCAAAGUUAUGCAGCAGGCGGUUGAUGAGGAGGAAGAGAAGGCGGAGGAUGAGGAGGAGGAGAAGGCGGAGGGUGAGGAGGAGGCCGACUCAACUUCUAGGGAUGAGGACCAGGAAGAGGACGACGAAAAAGAGGCGGACGCCAAUCAAGAACAGGCUCUUGCUAAUGUGCCAGGACAAGAGAAUGUCCUGGAAGAGCAGGCGCCAAAUGUCGAAACUGAAAAGGCGGCCGCUGAUGACGAAGUCCCUCCCUCAAAUGUUUAA